UCGAACGAGCGCUAGGUCGCCAUCUCUCCAUCGGUUGUUACAAUCUUUCGCUGUUCCACGCAGGUCUGGCAGCUACUUGUGUAGACAUGCUGGUGUUGGGUUGGUUAGCAUUGUUUCUUUAUGGGAUUGAGUGCACAAAACAAGAGCCCCAAGCUCACUUGGGUAUACGAUGUGGACUGCAUGAGCAUGGUUGCCAUGACAACUUGCGGUGUAUUCCCAAAGGUUGGCUAUGUGACGGAGAGGCAGAUUGCUUUGAUGGUUCAGAUGAGGUUGCUAAAAUCUGUGAUCAUGCAAUCCUGAACUGCAGUUCUCAUGAGUUUCUUUGCCAGUCCAGAGAGAAGUGCAUCCCAGCUUCCUGGCACUGCGACAACACGCCAGAUUGUGCAGACCACUCGGAUGAGGAGCAUUGUGGUUUGUCCCCUGCAGAGUGCAAUGCUAGCCAUGGCAAAUAUUUGUGUGGGAAUUCUCAGUGUAUUGAUCUGCAGUUAGUGUGUGACAGGGUGGCCCAGUGUGGGGAUUCCUCUGACGAGGGUCAGCGAUGUGGUCAAGGAUGCAUAAACAAACAAUGUAGUCACAAUUGCCAGAGUCUACCAACUGGAUUUGUGUGUACGUGUCCCAAGGGUUAUGUCAUACAGGAGGAUGGCAGAACAUGUGGAGAUAUUGAUGAAUGUAGGACACUCCCAGUAUCUCCAUGUAGUCAGCUCUGCUAUAAUACACCUGGAACUUACCACUGUGCUUGUGUAAAAGGAUACCAAUCGUAUGGACAGGAGUGCAGGGCUGUGGAUCCUGAUGCCUCGUUAUUGUAUGUGUCUCAGGGAAGUCUUCACACUGUGACAUUGGACGCUAACAGCAGCCAUGGUGUUGUAGCAAGGCAGUCCAGGCUGCAUCAUAUCAGAAAUAUAGGGUAUGAUAGUGUGGACAGUAGGCUGUAUUGGUCAGUCAUUAGGCAGGGCAGGGUGAUGUCCAGCAGACUGGAUGGUACUGAUGUCCAGCCUGUGGUGACCAAUGGCGUUCAUGAGAUAGGCUGCAUAGCAGUGGACUGGAUAGGCAGGUUGUUAUACAUGGAGGACACAAUCCAUCAUCAGUUACUGGUCUGCGCACUAGAUGGCACCAGGUGUGCUGCCAUCUUCAACAGCAGCAGCAAAUACACUUGGAGAGACAUUGUGGUAGACGCUGUUCACAGAGUCUUGUACCUUUCCAUAUGGAAUGGUACCCAUGCCAACAUUGACAGUCUUUCCAUGGAUGGCAUGGAGCUUCACCACUUGGUGUCGGUCAGUUCUGGUCACCCGUCACCACUGGCUCUAGACCUGCCCACUGGUCAGUUAUACUGGGUCCAGCAUCAAGAUGGACUUGUUAAUAAGAUUGACCUUAAGACUGGAACAAAUAGGGUUGCCUUUGAAAUCAAGAUGUAUGAUCCUCCCAGCAUGGUUGUAUUUGAAGAUGUAAUCUACUGGGCUGAUCACUACCUCUCCAGCAUUCACUCAGUCAACAAAAGGACUGGCAAAGACAGGAAGACGGUGCUCAAACCUCGGAAUACGAUACAACAACUCGUAGUGAAGAACACUGCCCUCCAGCCUGCUGGUAUUAAUCCUUGCUCCGGUCAUCUGUGUGAUGGUCUGUGUGUCUGGAGUGGUGAGAUGGCUGACCAUAGAGUGUCUUGCAUAUGUCCAAAGGGGCGCUACCUGGCAGCUGACAAAUUUUCAUGCAAAGAUUUGCCAACCACAUCGUCUAUGUUGAUAGCAGCAAGGACAUCCAUUUUGAAAGUUUACCCAGAUUUUGUAGGCCAUAACCAGUUCAGUCCAAUGAUGUUUCCGCACCUGAAAAAUGCCAUUGCCUUAGACUAUGAUUGGUCAAAUGAAAAGGUGUUUUACAGCGAUGUGACUCAAGAUGCCAUUUAUCAAGGCGAUCUGACCACAGGAUAUGUGCAUCCCAUUGUAAAGGAGGGUUUGGUCACUGUGGAUGGCGUGGCCGUGGACUGGAUGGCACACAAUGUGUACUGGACUGAAUCUACCAAGGCGUUAAUAGAAGUAUCAAGACUCAAUGGCAGCUCAAGAAAAACCUUACUCUUCAAAUAUUUGGAUCGCCCUCGAGGGUUAGCAGUGCACCCUCUAAAUGGACACCUAUAUUUCUCAGACUGGGGAGUAAGUCCUGUAAUAGAACGUAGUGAUCUGGAUGGCAAGAACAGGAAGGUCCUGGUUGACCGCCUUGGAUGGCCAAACAGUUUGACCAUAGACUAUGAAGACGGCAGGCUCUACUGGUGCGAUGCCCGCUUUGACCACAUAGAGGCGACAGACUUAGAUGGACAGGAAAGAAGGGUGGUUGUAAGGAAUGUUCCCCAUCCAUUCUCGAUUACGGUACUACAGCAAAGAAUAUACUGGACGGACUGGGACACCACACAUCUUCAUUACGCAAACAAAUGGGAUGGCGGACAUCAGGGACAACUCCUCGACUAUGAGGGCAUGAUGGGAAUUGUUGCCAUGGCAGCAUCACGACAACAAGGUACCAAUGCAUGUUCUGCAGAUAAUGGAGGUUGUAGUCAUCUUUGUUUUGCUAAACCUGGCGGCCAUUUUGUCUGUUCUUGUCCAGAAGGGAUGACAGUGAAGGAAAAAACUUGUGAACCAUUGCAGGGUUGCCCAGAGGACCACAUAGAGUGUGAUGGAAAGUGCAUCUCCAAGGAGCUGAUGUGUGAUGGACAGAAAAACUGUGAAGAUAACAGAGAUGAGACAGAUUGCACAGGACACCAGUGUAGAGAGUAUGAGUUCCAGUGCACCAAUGGUCAGUGUAUACACAGUAUAUGGAAGUGUGACCAGGAUGUGGAUUGUGAGGACUUCUCUGAUGAGACAGACUGUGGUGCAGUGACAUGCAAGCCAGGACAGUUUCAGUGUGCGUCUGGCAUGCCAUGUAUAGAGGCGCACUGGGUGUGCGACGGCACCCAGGACUGCCCAGAUAACAGCGACGAAAGUUCCUGCAGGAACCGCACAUGCACCAUUGAGGAGUUUCAGUGUCAAGAUGGCCGCUGCAUUCCCACUUCCUGGUACUGUGAUGGGGCUGUAGACUGCGAAGGGGGAGAGGAUGAGGUCCGAGAUUGUGGCUUGUUGGCUCCUUGCCAGGCAGAGGAGUGGCGAUGUGGGAACAACGCCUGUAUAGCCAAGUCUCUGAGGUGUGACGGGAAACCUGACUGUUCUGACCACUCAGAUGAAGUGACCUGUGGUGUGGUGCCUGAGUGUUCUCCUCCCUGGUUCCAGUGUACCAUGGGCCCCUGUCUGCCACCGCACCAGGUCUGUGAUGAGCACCAGCAGUGCCCUCUGGGGGAGGAUGAAAAAAACUGUGGUCUGAUCACUUGUGACAUUUCUGAGUUCCUCUGUGGUGAUAAUAAUACAUGUAUACCCGGUCACUGGGUGUGUGACGGUUUCCGAGACUGCGAAGACGGAGUGGACGAGUCUGAGUGUAGCCGCCCAGGGACAGAUAUGGUGCAGAAGAUAGACAAUAAUGGAAAUAUAGACAGUGGACACCAGUGUAGAGAGUAUGAGUUCCAGUGCACCAAUGGUCAGUGUAUACACAGUAUAUGGAAGUGUGACCAGGAUAUGGAUUGUGAGGACUUCUCUGAUGAGACAGACUGUGGUGCAGUGACAUGCAAGCCAGGACAGUUUCAGUGUGUGUCUGGUAUGCCAUGCAUAGAGGCGCACUGGGUGUGUGACGGCACCCAGGACUGCCCAGAUAACAGCGACGAAAGUUCCUGCAGGAACCGCACAUGCACCAUUGAGGAGUUUCAGUGUCAAGAUGGCCGCUGUAUUCCCACUUCCUGGUACUGUGAUGGGGCUGUAGACUGCGAAGGGGGAGAGGAUGAGGUCCGAGAUUGUGGCUUGUUGGCUCCUUGCCAGGCAGAGGAGUGGCGAUGUGGGAACAACGCCUGUAUAGCCAAGUCUCUGAGGUGUGACGGGAAACCUGACUGUUCUGACCACUCAGAUGAAGUGACCUGUGGUGUGGCAUCUGAGUGUUCUCCCCCCUGGUUUCAAUGUACCAUGGGCCCCUGUCUGCCACCGCACCAGGUCUGUGAUGAGCACCAGCAGUGCCCUCUGGGGGAGGAUGAAAAAAACUGUGGUCUGGUCACCUGUGACAUUUCUGAGUUCCUCUGUGGUGAUAAUAAUACAUGUAUACCCGGUCACUGGGUGUGUGACGGUUUCCGAGACUGCGAAGACGGAGUGGACGAGUCUGAGUGUAGCCGCCCAGGGACAGAUAUGGUGCAGAAGAUAGACAAUAAUGGAAAUAUAGACAGUGCUGCUGUGUGUGGUGCAGACAUGUACCAGUGUGGCAGUGGGGAGUGUCUGGUCUACCAGCAGGUGUGUGAUGGCACCCAGCACUGUAGAGACGGAUCAGACGAGGGAGGACAAUGUGACAGCUCCUGUUCCACCCUGAAGGGGGGUUGUAGUGACAUAUGCUGCAGCACCCCUGCAGGCCCUGUGUGUCAGUGUAGAGAGGGCUUUACUCUACUCAGUGAUGGAAUGGUCUGCAUAGAUGUGAAUGAAUGUGACCAGCCUAUCAGUGUCACUGUUCCCCUCUGUGACCAGGUGUGCUUUAACACCAAGGGCAGCUACAGGUGUGACUGCAAGCAUGGAUACCAGCUACAGUCUGAUGAGAAGACAUGUAAAGCUAGUACAGGCCCAGUCCCCAGCCUCCUGUUUGCUGCUGGAGCUUCAGUGUUUACCAGCCAUCGUGACGGCAGUCACCUGUCUGCAGUUGUCACCAGUCAGCACUUGAUUAUAGCUCUAGACUAUGAUUGGCUGACACAAACCAUCUACUGGAGUGAGGCUGACACUAUCAAGUCAAUGAAGGCAGGAGGAAGUGGUGACCAGGGUGUCCACAGGUCAGUAGUGACCGGGUUGUCCAGACCAGAUGGACUAGCAGUGGACUGGGUAGCAGGCAAUAUAUACUACACAGAUGCUGGAACCAAACAAGUCACAGCCUGCAGUGGUGAUGGAGAUGUAUGUUCUGUGUUAAUACACAAAAGUUUGGACCAGCCCAGAGCUAUUGUGUUACAUCCUAAGAUAGGGCUAAUGUUCUGGUCUGACUGGGGGUAUGAUGCCAAGAUAGAGAGAGCCUGGAUGGACGGCCAGCACAGACAGCUGGUCAUUGGGGACAAGGUCAUCUGGCCGAAUGGACUGACUGUGGACUUUGUGCUGGACAGGCUGUACUGGGUGGAUGCAAAGUUUGACCACAUUGAGGUGGCAGACUUUAAUGGGCAACACAGGCGAGUGGUAACAAGCAGGGGCAUGCAGCACCCAUUCAGUGUCACAGUAUUUGAGGACACCCUGUAUGUCUCAGAGUGGACUACAGGUACAGUGACAGUACUUAACAAGUUCAGUGGGGACAACAGAACCUCUCUGCCUGAAUUAUUCCACAGACCAAUGGGGAUACAGGUCUAUCACCCUUUACGACAACCUACAGGGUAUAAUUAUUGUGAACCCCUCCAACCCAAGUGUAGUCACCUCUGUCUGCUGAAACCAGGUGGAGCCAGCUGUGCAUGUCCAAGAGGAUACACACUGGAAGCUGGCCACUUGUGUCAAAUUACAAAACCCUUUACCAGUGGUGCAACACCUGAGAUUUCUGGUAUUAGUUCUGUCGCUACUACUCCUGUUUAUCUGGACAGAAAAAAUACAAUUUCUUUAUCUGCAUCCACUGCCAAAAGUUUCUUUGGUCCUAGUACAAAAGCUGUGCAUGAGUCAAAUUUGGAACUUCUUAAACCUCAAGAAGGGGUUACUGAAAAACAACAGACGGCAUCAACCAUGACAACUGAAUAUCCUGCAGUGCCAAGAGGUGGGUCCGUUGCCAUUGACACUGAUGUUACCAUGACAAUUCCAGUGAGUUACAAACACCCUAUAGCAACACACAAACUGACACCUCCCACUGUGACAGCCAGGAAUCAAUUGGAUAAUGUAAAAGGAGAGUCUGGGGGUGAUGUAACAACUGUGAGUAGUACAACUACAAGGACAUUGAAUGAACAUGAAGCACAAGGGGCCCACACAAAAUCAAUUUCCAUGGUGACAGUUCAAGUCCCCAGUAAUGGAUAUCCAGAGAGAGAACAUGUGGAUAAUGAAGGUCCUUCUGUAAACAUUGAUUUGCCAAACAAAACCAAACUAUGCAUUGCCACAUGUUUAAAUGGAGGAAAUUGUGAGGGAGGCAUUUGUGUAUGUUGGAAAGGUUUUACUGGCCCCAGUUGUGAGGUCAUGAUCUCAUCCAAUCUGACCAAUGAGAAACCUGAGGGGAAGGAGGAAGCUGGUGACCUGAGCAUUGUAGUCAUCCCCGUGAUGUCUGUCCUGGUUGUCAUCACGGUCAUCGUUGCUGCUGUGUCCUGUUAUUGUAAGAAACAGAGAAUGAAAUCACAUCUUCUCCUAAUCAAGUAUAGCAACAGACACAACCAAGUAAAGCAGACGGAUGAAGAACACUUGGUAGAACAUGCCUUCCAUAACCCUGCAUUUGCUAGUGAAGAAGAUGAAAGUGAUCACCAGAAUGCCAGUCUUCACAAUUCACAGUGUACCAUAGUCACGUCUUCGGAUUCAUCUGACUCCGCUUUCACUGAUGAGAAAUCAGAUGAACAAAAUACCUGAAGCUAGCUAGCCUAGCAAACUAGUUUAUCCACAUGAAUUGACACUCUUCUGUCCAGUACAGUAUUAUUGAGAAUUUAGACAAUCUCUUAAUGGUGAAUGGUAUCAGUAUUUUACAUAGAGGUCUGUUCCUUUCCCUGAGAAAAUUAUAUUCUGAAAGAGUAUUGAACAUUGUGUGUUAAAAACAACUAUAUUUUAGAAAUGAAAUGUUUGGGCACUGCUUUGAUAAACAAGUAAUAUUUUCAGAAAGAUUUAGUAUCACAGCAGCAAUUACUUCUAUUUUAUUACAAAUGGCUGUUAUUUAAAAAUUUAUGGUAAUCCAUAUUGUUGAUCUGCAGAUUUAUCAGAGCACUUGUUAUCGUCUAUGCCAUUGUUGUCUGUUGAGGUCAUACGAGUCGAAAUUUUUAAUGCAUGUGGACACGAAUGUGUAACUUUGGUGUUACUGUCUUUGUUACCACUGUUACAAGAUGUGCCCUAUGAAAAAACAUAUAUUGUGACAAUUUGCUACUUAAACUGUUAUAAAUAAGAUAAUAAAUUA